UAUCUCUUGAUGGAACACGGUUAUGCACAGCACAGUUAUCGUACUGAUGCCAGUUAUUCUGUCUAUUUCUAGCAGGGCAAAUCUUUUUCGCGGAGGCGCGUUAGAUGGCUGAGUGGUUCAUCUCGGUGUUAAAAUGAGCCUCGACAUUCCUCAGUCCGGCUCAGGCGGGUAUAUAACCAGCCACCGGGACUGAAGAGCGACACAAACCAAUUCCAGCUCUCAAUCUCCAGCGCAGCAGUGUGAAGGGAAACUCCAGCCUCACCAUGAGUCGCAGCCCGGAGCGCAUCUCCUCGUACCGGAGGCACUUUGAAGGAGCCCUCGCCUCCUCGUCCUCUACCUGCCAUAUCCGUGUCUCCAGUCCGAGUCCACGCAGACGUGAAACCCGCCACCGGUCCGCCAGCUACAGCCGCAGCGCGCGCAGAGGUUUGUCCGGUACCCGCAGCGCGCGCCUCACCGGAAGUGUGAGUAUGAGUGCUCUGUGUGCUGGUAUGGGUCUCGGAGGUGCACUGGAUCUGGAGGCUGCUUCUGCUGCCAACCAGGACUAUCUAACCACGCGCACUAGCGAGAGACAGGAGAUGAUCACCCUUAAUGACCGCUUGGCUGUCUACAUUGAAAAGGUGCGUACUCUGGAGCAGCAAAACAAACUGCUGGAGACUGAGAUCGAAGCCCUCAAGGGCCGCUAUGUGAAGCCCUCAGGCUUGCGUAUGAUGUAUGAGGAGCAGUUGAGAGAACUCAGGAGGGUCGCCGACCAGACGAGAGCUCAGAGGGAUCUUGCCAUCGCUGCUAAGGAGGCCAUGACGGCGCAGCUGGAGAUGAUCAAGGCCAAGUAUGAGGAGGCGCUGGAAGCCAGGAAAAAGGCCGAACAGGACAUUGAAGCUUUCAAGCCUGAUGUCGAUGCUGCUACCGCCUCCCGCAUCUCUCUGGAGAAACAGCUAGAGAACCUGGAGGUGGAGAUGGAGUUCCUUCAGAGGAUUCACAAACAGGAAAUUGACGAACUGAUGGCUCAGAUUUAUGAAACUGUAUCUAAAGUCGAAGUGGCCUUCGCUCUUCCUGACCUUGCGUCCGCCCUCAAAGAGAUCCAGUCCCAGUACGACAGCAUUGCUGCCCGGAACCUGCAGGAGAUGGACGCCUGGUACAAGACCAAAUUCCAGGACUUGAACACAGCAUCAGCACGACAUGUGGAAUCUGUACGGGGAAUUAGAGAAGAAGUCGUGAGCUACAAGAAGGAUAUUCAGAACAAACAACGGGAGCUGGAUUCACUUAACAACAGGUACGAGACUUUGUUGGCUCAGAUUCGUGACAACCAAGAGAAAUACAGGAAGGAGGAAGAGGAUCUACAGGCCCGUAUUGAGGCUCUGAAGCUGGAAAUGAAGACUGUGAAAGAGAAGAUCACUCUGCUGCUGAAGGAAUAUCAGGAUCUCCUCAAUGUGAAGAUGGCUCUUGAGAUCGAGAUCACCACCUAUAGGAAGCUGAUCGAGGGCGAGGACAUGCGUUUAUCAUCAAUGGUGCAAGGCCUGUCUCUGAUGAGCGCCAGCAUCUCCGGGAGUUUCAGCAAAUCAGGGGUGAGUGGAGCCUUGGCUGAACUGGCUGGUGGAGCAGCUGCAGUGGCCUCCAAGCCGGCGCAGUCUUCUAACGGCAACGAGGAAACCACGGAGGAGUUCUCUCACGAGCAGGCUGUGGAAGUGACGGAGAGGAAGACCGUCCUCAUCAGAACAGUUAAGACAGACGAGGACGUCAUUCAGAAAGACACACAGGAGCGCACCAUCACCAUCUCCGGAGCAGCAGAUGAGACCGAAGAGUAGCCUGACAUCAUACUAGAUAUCUCUCUACCAUACGUGUUCAUUUCCUCCCUUCACUAGUAAUUCAUUAUUCCAUUAGCAUCAAAUCUUUACAUUUUCAUAUCACAACAGAACAUUUUUACAGACAUAAACAUUGUUCUCUUGUUAGUAAAGGGGAGAAUGAACUGUAUUAGAGAUGUAACACUGAUAUCUCAUAUAAAACUCAUCUCCUGGUGCUCAUGUGUGAAGACUAAACUGCUAAUGCACUGUAAUUCUAGCUUUUAACCUGUUGGCUCUGUUCAACCACAUGCCUAAAAUAAACAUGACUGC